AUGUACUUCGCCUGUACGGAUACACCGCACACCAUAGAAGGCCUGGAUGAAAGUACCGGGCCAGGUACUCCGGGAUGGCCAUUCGCAGUGCCGCUUUGCGAAUUACAGAGCGGAUACCCGUCUUUUGAUGACUGGGUCUCUCGUCCGGGGCACAGCGAAGGAAAAGAAGGAAAACGAGACAAGGGACGGCGGGCGUCAUCCCAGUCUGCCAGCACCAGCCCGGCUCCCCAGUCACAUCGAGGCCUUGGACAGAACAAGACAAGCCUCUGUGAUCAAACCGCCCCUACCCCGGCCUCCACGCUACCGAAGCAGCAACCUGCCUUGCCCCAUCUUUCCCCAACAUCGUGCCCCCCUCUUCAGACUUGCUCCGAGUGCCUCCUCUUGCAGUCUCACUCCGUGGUGCCUCUAGGUAGUCUCUCCUCUCCCUCUGUGCCUCUCUCUCCGCGGCACCUUCGUUCUUCCCUCGGUCCUUGCUUUGGGCCUACUUCUCCUCCUCUUCCCCAAGCUACUACCUGCCAACUGCCAACCUAUCCGUACGGAUACACUACAGCCCAGUGUCCACUGCUACCACCCCGGCUCGCCUUCUUCUCUUUUUUUCUGCCCCCUUCGUGCAACAUCCCCUUCUCCUCUGCCUUGAUUGGACUUGAGCUCCUUGUCAAUCUCCUCCCCCUGGUUCUCUCGGCCUCUUGUCUGGUCUCUGUGCUUCUGCACUUCAUCGUGAGCCUCUCAACUCAGCUCAUUUGCUUCCCGACAGCCCAGCUAGACGACUGCCAGGCCCUUCUAAAGCCACCUCGAUAUGACCUGAUCAACAACAGCUUUGCCCUCCAACCGGCCUACGCUAGCUAUUCGGCUUGCUGA